GGUUCUAUCCCUUGUGGAGAAAAGCAUGAAAAUGUGAUCCAGUGCAGCCUAAAGAAACCCCCCAGUAAAUAGAAAGGAACAAAAAUGGAUUAUUUUCUUUGAAAAUCUUGUGGUUUUUAAACCAAUCUCAUUAUUUUGUGCAUCUUGACUCUCAAUUUUUGAAUAUUUGGGAUUGGCAAUAGUGCAUUUUAAGCAUAGAGGGCGCUUCCACCCCAUUCAAAGUGGCCUCAUCUACUCUAGGAAAAUCAACAUAAAUCCACCAAAGGUUGCAAUGAUGGAAACUGUAGUGUAGGUGAGGAGCAGAGGUUUUUACCAGCAUUAAUCUAGCCCUACUCAGAAGACACUACAGUAAAGACACUCAUGGGUAGUCUAUGAUACACUAAUGGAGCUGCACCAAUGCUAGACCAAACAUGGGACAAUUGUCAAUGAUUCUCAGUGCAGAUAAGCACCAUGUCCCAAAAGCAGCGGGAUUUGCUGGAACUGGGGCGGCUUGAAUACUUACAAGCGCUGGUCACCGAGUUCCAGGUAACAGAGAGUCCAGAAGCCAAGGAGCAAGUACUGGCUAAUCUAGCCAACUUCGCCUACGAUCCCAAGAACUAUGAAUAUCUCCGACAGCUUCAAGUCCUUGACCUGUUCCUGGAUAUGCUCACAGAGGACAAUGAGAUCCUUGUGGAGUUUGCAAUUGGUGGUCUUUGUAAUCUCUGUCUGGAUAAAACAAACAAGGACUAUAUUUUGGAGGCAGAUGGGGUGGCACCUGUAAUAAACUGCUUAUCCAGCUCAAAUGAGGAGACCGUGAUGUCAGCAGUGACUACUCUGAUGUACUUGACCACACCACAGUCUCGCCAACAGACCACAGCGCUCCCAGUGGUGGAGUGCAUGCUACGUUUCUCCCUCUCAGCUAACAGGAGGCUAAGCAACCUAGCAAGGGUCUUCCUUGAGGAUUACUGCUCUCCUGUGCAGGUGGAGGAAGCCAGGAACCUGAGCAAACAUACAGCUGUAGGGAUCCCGCUCCCAAAGGACUGAUGUUAUGCAGAGCAGAUGGAGUAGUUUAAGAUUAUUAUUGCGUGAGAAGAAAUAUUCUUGACUCCAUCUUUAGAGCCCCCUCCACCUGCAGGAUAGGUCAAGAGGCUGGUGAAACUAGUGAAAGACAUUCCUAAAAAUCUGCCUCGGUUUGAAAGGGGCAGGUGGGGAGCCGGGACAUGGGUCCAGAAGACAAGAUUAGCAGCUAAACUGCUACAAAACAAAUCAUGGCUGUUAAAGAGCAGGACAAGCGACUCCUGAACCAUCAUCCAAAUAACCAUUUCUGAUGUUACCAUUUCCAGUGUGGUUGUCAGGUAAUGUAAACCCAACACAAUUCUUUUACAGCACCUUCACCCUAGCUGCAGCUAUUGCUGCCCGUCCUCUCAAUUAUAGCUUUGAAACAUGUUUAAAUCAUAGGGUCUUUAUUUCUCAGUAGGAAAGAACGCACCUUCUUCCCCUUACAAUUUGCAGUCUGAUCACAUACCUCAGGACUAAGUAUGAGCCAGCAUCCUCAUACCACAGGCACCUGGCCAGUUAAUUAGCUCUACUGAUGUUAAAUAUCAAUAGGAAUAAUGUAUUCUCCCCAACAUAGCUGGUGGGAAAGAUGCAGAUUAAGAUUUCAAAAGGAAUACUAACAGCAGACUGCAGCUCAGAAGGACAACCGGUCUUGUAGUAGCUUUUGUAAAACUUACUCUGAAUAAAACAUUAAGUGUAGACAGUUCUGGACCAGACAUUCACUGAGUACAGCAUUUGCAACCCAAACCUUAGCAGCUCAUAUUAAAGCAGGAGAACCAGGAAGUGAAACUAUCUACUUUCAUUAUGCGCCAAGCA